GCCACCUUCCGCUGCUUCGUUACCAGCAUCUGUUUUUCCUCGACACCCACUCUCUCAAAGAUACUAGUCUAGAGCAAGAUGUUGGAUGUUCUCAGCUUUAUUGAGGCAAGGGGUGGGAACCCGGAGGUGAUUCGUGAAGCCCAGAGGAGGAGAUAUGCACCUGUUGAGGCGGUUGACGAGGUUAUUGCUUUGUAUGAGGAAGGCCGCGUUGCAAGAUUCAAUGUUGACAACAAAGGGCGUGAGAUCAACACGACACAGAAGGAGAUUGGUGCGAAGAAAAAGGCCAAAGAAGACGCAUCACUCCUCCUACAACAAAAAGUCAAAUUCGAGGCCGAGAAGAAAGACCUCGAAGUUAUUGCUAAAGAAAAGGAGAAACAGUUAUAUGCUAAACUGGGCACUAUUGGGAAUAUCGUUCACAACUCUGUUCCAGUGAGCAACAACGAGGACAGCAACGAACUCAUCAGGAGUUGGACACCCGACGGAGUUAAUGUUGAGAAGCAUGAUUGUCUUUCCCACCACGAUGUGCUUGCCCGUCUCGACGGAUACGAGGCAGAGCGUGGCGUCAAAGUCGUCGGACACCGUGGCUACUUUCUGAAGCAGUGGGGUGUAUUUCUUAACCAAGCACUGAUCAAUUAUGGAUUGGAGUUCUUGGCUUCGAAGGGAUACACCCCACUUCAGACGCCCCAGUUUAUGCUGAAGGAUAUGAUGGCUAAGACUGCUCAGCUUGAGCAAUUUGAUGACGAGUUGUACAAGGUUGUAGAUGGAGAGGAGAAGAACGACAAAUACUUGAUCGCUACCUCCGAACAGCCCAUUUCCGCUCUUCAUGCCGAUGAAUGGUUGCAGCAGAAGGAGCUCCCUAUUAGGUACGCGGGUUUUAGUUCAUGCUACCGUCGUGAGGCGGGGGCCCAUGGAAAGGAUGCUUGGGGUAUUUUCCGAGUUCACCAGUUCGAGAAGAUUGAGCAAUUCGUCAUCACAGAUCCUGAGAAGUCUUGGGAAGCAUUCGAUGAAAUGAUCAACUAUUCUGAGGAAUUCUACAAGUCCCUCAAUAUCCCUUACCGUGUCGUCACCAUUGUGUCAGGUGCGCUGAACAAUGCCGCUGCGAAAAAGUAUGAUCUCGAGGCUUGGUUCCCUUUCCAGGGCGAGUACAAGGAACUCUCACGUAACCUGGAGAUAAGAUACGGGACAAAGGCUCAGACUGACACUGUCAAGAAAUACGUUCACUGUCUUAACUCCACCCUCUGUGCGACUGAGCGUUCUCUUUGUUGCAUUUUGGAGAACUACCAGACCCCUGAGGGUAUCAACGUCCCCGAAGCCCUCAGGAAGUACAUUCCUGGGGCUCCAGUGUUUAUACCAUUCAGCAAAGAGUUGGCUACGAAUAGCACCUCGAUGAGGAGGGGGAAGCCUAAGGCGUAGAUAGUUAGAUAGUGCAUAAUUAGUAGCAAAAACUAGGGUGCCCACUACACAAAUAGCUUCAAUACUAGACUUGAGUUGGGGGA